AUGCCACCUAAACGCAAGACUCAAAUCGCUCCGGUAGCAAAGCGAUCCGACUCUGACAUCGAGAGCGAUUCUCCCAAUGAGAAGGAAGAGAGCGGGAGAAAAAGAAACAAAAGACAAGAGGAUGACUUUGUGCCUUCGCCUAGCGAGAACGAGGACGGUGAUGCAGAUUUCAAACCUAGCCCUUCGAAGAAGUCUGGAUCUCGUGAAGCUGGAAUUGCAAGUGCUACCGCUUCGCCUAAAGCGAGCAGCAAGUCGAGCGCGUGGAGCGAAGCCGAUCACAUUACCGCCCUGUCGUUGAUGCUAGGUCUUUCAGGUGAUCUCAAUCUGACCAAACAAAAGAAGGAUCUGAUCGGAAAAGCGCUGGGUCGAAGCGACACUGCGGUGCACCACUGGUGGAAUGGAAAGACUCGCAAGCAAGUAACAGAUUUGGUUGCACGUCUCAUCGCGGAAGCAAAAAUGGCCAAAUGA